UCGUCGACUGGUAAUGUCAUAUCACUGACCUGUCAUAAUCUUGCCGCUCAUCUGUCAUACAAACAUGUAUAGAAGUACAGAAAGAUAGUUCAAACAAUAAAGUGGUAUUAUUUGAAUAAAUAUUGGUAUUUAUUUCUGUAAUUUUAAAGUACAAGUUUAUUGAUUAUAUUUUAAAUGUUAACCACAGUGAAGUGCGAUUUUUCCGUUAAAUUGCCUUGAAUCAUAGAAUUUCAUUAAAAACUCGUUUGUAUGCUGAGCUUCAUUUACGCCAUUUUCGAACAUUGUGCAGCGUUGCCAAGCCUUUUCAGAAGAAAGUUUAAAUUCAUUUGUAAAAACCAGUGUCAUCGGAACCGAUCUUUUAUUGAAAGAUACAUAUUAACUGGCCAAGAACAAAGGGAUAUGAAGGAGGAUUUUCGGCCAAAGGCAAACCAAAAAUUAAGUCUUAAGUGAACCGAAUAAAUAAGAAGUAAUAAAACAUAUUGUAAAACAGCCAGCAAAGAAAUAAUGACCGGUAGGGGUACAAAGCGACGCGGUAGACCGCCAAAAACACAACAGUUGGAACGACAAAGUAUAAAAUAUAGUUAUAAUGCCAUGAGAAAACCGAAAUAUGUGACGGAUUCACAAUACAGCACACCAAAUGCAUCCCGUGCAUCUUCUCCACAAGGAAGUGAUAGUAGUCGAAGAGGAAGGCCAUCAACGUCACGAAAAGUAUCUACAAGAGGCCGUGGGCGAAAACGUGGCAGUGGCCAUCAUAGCUCAAGGAAAAGUUACGAAAAUGAAUAUCAUUAUGGUUCGGAUUUUGGUGACUCUUCAGAUGAUAAUGAACCAGAUGAUGAUUUACUGUUAUCGGCGAGUGAUUCAGAUAGUCUAGAUGCUGAAAACGAUAACAACGACAGUGAUUUUUCUUUGAGCAGUUUCAGUAACGAGAGUAAUGUAAACAAAAAAAGCAAUCGCAUACCAAGUCCCGAUCCAUUAUGGUUGCAACCAAUUGAAUUGCCAUCAUUAAUCUUACCCGAAUCUUCAGAUGAUUUAUUGAUCCCAAAGCAAUAUGCGCUCAGAGUAGCUUCCAUUUAUGAAGUGUUUCGUCGCUUUAAGCAGCUAAUUCGGCUAUCUCCAUUUCGGCUGGAAGACUUCUGUGCGGCUUUAAUAUCAGAUGAGCAAAGUUCAUUAUUAACUGAAAUUCACACUAUGCUUUUGCGGGCUUUACUUCGAGAAGAGGAUUCACAAGGCACACAAUUCGGACCACAAGAUCAUAAAGACAGUAUAAAUAUAACGUUAUAUCUGAUUGAUCAAUUUACAUGGCCUGAAGUUUUGAGAAGCUAUUUAGAAAGCCAUGAAUCGUUUGAUAAAAGUUCACUCAACAUACUAACAACCAAGGAUUAUCCAUUCGUUUGCGUUGAAGAUCGGUUGACCGUUUUACAAUUUUUGACCGAUCAAUUUUUGAUAACUGACAUCGUCCGUGGUGAUUUGGCACGCGAAGUUCCAAUCAUCUACGAUGAUCAUUGUCGAAUUUGCCACAAAUUGGGAGAUUUAGUAUGUUGUGAAACCUGUCCAGCUGUUUUCCAUUUAGAAUGUGUUGAUCCACCAUUGGAAAACGUCCCAGCUGGAGAUUAUCAAUGUAGUUUAUGUAAAUUACAACAGGUUCCGGGUGUUUAUGAUUGUGUUUCAAGUUUGGAGAAGCAAGGAUUUCUGUGUCGACAUGAACAUUUGGGGUAUGAUCGGCAUGGCCGAAAAUAUUGGUUCAUCAACCGCCGAAUUUUUGUUGAAGCUGAAGAAAAUGGAGAGAUUUGGUAUUACAGUUCUGUGGCACAGUUCAAGGAUUUUUACUCCAAACUGGACGCCAAUGGUAUGGAACGGGCAUUAUGUUCUGAAAUAGAUGAUUUUAGUGACGAAAUCGAGCGACAAAUGACCAUUACCGAAAAUCUGACGAAUAAAUUUAAGGGUCAUAAAAAAUCGUAUUUAGAAAUGGAAAAUCAACAAAUAACAGAGCGUAUCAAGAAGCUGAAGGAAAAAAAUGAAAUAGAAUAUGAAAGCGACACGGAAAACAGCAAAAAUGUGAAAAGUGAUGACAGAAGUGAGCAAAGGUGUGAAGGAAAAGAUUCCAAUGUUGCUGAUAAAAUAAAUGAUACUGACCCAGAGCAGAACGAACAAUCGCCAUCACGAAUUAUCAAAAAUGUAGUUUCAACGCGCUUGAAAACUGGCUCGAUAACGCCACGAAACUAUAAUACGGAUGAUCUGAAACGGAAAAUUCCGAGCAAGGAUGACAGCGAAGGUGAUACCCGUAUGACACGGUUGAAAAAUCUGAACAUAAAUUGUCCGUUUAAAUUGGGACAAGAACAAACAUUUAAAUCAUAUGUAAACCAAUACGCAACAAAUGUGUAUGCACUGAAUAAACCACAACGUAAUGAAGAUCGUGACAAAAAGAGACCAUUAUCACACAAGUUUUCGCUCACACAAGCUUCAGAAUUCAAAUGGGGCGGUAUUUUGAACGGUAACCGAAAUAAUGCUAUACAAACAUUACGUCAGACGAUGAUAUCACUUGAACAAGCUAUUUCUACACCCUAUAUGCAUUCAAAUUGGCCAACGCUCAAAAAGUUAUGGCUUCAGGCUAUAUCACAUUGCAAUAAACCUACGGAUUUUGCGAAAGUAUUGAUAAUUUUCCAAAUUUGUACUAAAAAUUGCAUUUACGUGAAUGCUUGGCAUGAACAAUUGGCCCACAUUAAACUAGAACGUGUAACAUCAGCGGAACGGGAUGAGAAGAAAAAGAUCGAGAAACGAGAGAAACGAGAGCGUGACGAUGAAGAAGAACGAAAUCGACUCGCCAUCAACUUUGUUAAAUAUCCUCUGGGCCAAAAACAUCAAGUGGCAAAGCAAAAAGGUGAAGAGUACCGAAUUCAUGGUCAAUGGAGCUGGCUUUGGGUAUCUUAUGGAAGACGACAAAAUAAAAAUAAGAAGUCGAUGAUUUAUAAAAUUGAACCGGCCCAAAUAGUUUCACUAAUCAAACACAAUGACGCCGAAAAGAUUAUUACUUUGGAACCGAACACAUAUGACUACUUAAAAACACAGAACCAGUACAAAACCUCCAUAAAUAUGCCGACAGAAAUACAUAAAACCGCUGUUAUAUCUAUUGAAAACUCGUUCGAUGAAUUGAAUGUUUCUGGAGCGCUGAGUGCAGAAAAUCGUUUAUUAUACCCAAAAGUUGCGAAAAAAUCCGUUUUAGAUGAACUACUAAAACGUAGGGUUCAGCUAAAAACUGAAGAAGAACAACGUAUUGAACGAGCAAACGGAUCAGAUACUGAACCCAUUGCAAAUCUGGUCACAAAACCUCGGGGCCGAAAACCAACUGACAUAGAAAAAUUAUUGCGUCGCUUAUGCGGAAUCAAAAGUAACACCUCUUCAAAUACGACAAGCUCUGCAGUUAAUUCGAAUCCACAACAAAAUAUUGACACAGAAUUUGUGAAUGAAGUAGCAGAUACGAUCGUAAAGGCUCGAGAUAAAUUCGCUCAAUUAAAUCGGCUUGGAAAACAGUAUAAAUGUUAUUCAACAUGUGAAGCAAAUGAUGUUUGUUACUCUUUGCAACAAAUGAAAAAGGAUGUUUGCUUUUCACCAUUGUGCUUACAAAAAACUCGUGUUAAAGAGGAGCUCUUAAUUGCUUUGAAAAAAUCUGCAUCUCACGGUGAUACUGUAAAAGAAAAGAUUAUGAAAAUCGUUAAUCGUAAACCAGAAAUAAAAAUGAAUUCAUUGCAAAGCAAUGCUGUUGAUUCAUCUACGGAUAUUAAUCCAAUUAAAUUACAAAGGAAUUUUCUCCAUGCAUUGGAAAAGAGUUGCGCUGGUAAUAUUGAGAAAGAUGUGAAUGAGUUUAUAAUUUCAACUUCUCAAGAUGAAAAACUAGGAAGACAUUUCGAAACUUGUAAGAUGGAAAUUGAUGACAAGUAUAUCGACAACAUUGAUUGUAAAAACAUGGAAAGGAAUUCAAGUGAUAUGACCGAAUCUAUUAAAAUGGAUAUGGAUCAGGGUGAGACAUGCCAACAAACAACAAACGCUGAUUUAAAUAGUGACGAGCACGAGGAUAAUACGAAUGAACGAAUGGGUACAGGACUGGUAGAUGGAGAUACAAAUGAUUUUGAAAUGACGGAUGAAAAUUCUCGUGAAAGGCGUACAUCAAGGCGCUAUAUUAAAAGCCAAGUUGCCAAUAAAGCAUCAACAAUCAACAAGCACUCUGGAAAAUGUUCCCUUGAUUCUGAUACUCAUGAAAUUUAUUCAAUCACAAAAAAUCGUUUUAAAGAUACAUCAUGUGGAGGCAUUAAAUCAGCGAUUGAAACAUCUACUUGUGAUUUCAAUGAACCAAAAAUAUUUAUUCGACCAAACCGCCGAUUCCCUGGAGUAUUGAAAGUAACCAAACGGGAGUUUAAAAUUGAAAAAGAUUAUACUACUGGGGGAAGUGAGCGCAUUUUUUCAACAGAUUCAACAAGUGGAAAAAUUUAUUUGUUGAAAAUUUCCAACGAUCAUGACCCAAUGAAGCCACUUAAACCAGAAGCAUCGUUGUCGCCAAUAAAGUAUCCAUCCAUGAAUAACUUUCUCACGAAAAAAGGCUUUAGAUCUAUUAUGGUGCUUCAUAGUUACGAGCUUAGGAAAUUGGCACGGUCAGGAGGAAAAAUGAUGGUAAAUGGCUUCAACCCGAUGAGUAAAUCAAAUCUUACUGUAUGGCCAUACCCAUCUUCACGGCCUUUUUUCAAAACGUGUUGGCUAUUCCGAACGUUGAAUGCUCGUACUCUCGCUACAAUAGCACUUCAACUUAGAAUAAUGUGGUGUUGUUUGCGGUGGGAUGAUAUGACAGCCAAACCACCAACCAAUAAUGGAAAAAUUGUUACUAAUACAGAAACAGGAAUUGUUUCAACAGAAAUAUUAAAGCACCGCAUUCGUGGCCGAUUUUCUGAGAAAAUUGACUACCUCAGACUGACGUUACUCAUUCCAUAUGGAUAUGCCGACCCUCAACCAUAUAAAGAUACAUCCGAAAAUACACCAAGUCGAUCUGGGCUUCGAAAGCGGAAACGACCUGAAACACCACAGAAAACGGAAAAACAAGUCUCCGAGGAAUGGGUUGACGAAGAUCAACUUCAACUGUGGGAGAUAAAAUUGUUUGGAGAGAGAUUGGAAAAAUCAUUACUUCAACCGGUUACUAGAACUUCUACUGGGAAGUUACCAUCCACACGCACUCCGGAUACCCCCGCGCAAAAUCGAACCAAUGCAAUCAAUAAAACUACUUCUUCAUCAUCAAUAUCAACUCCGAAGCAGACUGGUGUAGGUCAUAAAACAAGUGCUGAAGAAAUCAAAGAGAAAAUGGAGCAAGAACUUCGCCUUCAGCGCGCUGAACAUCACAAAAAACGAACCCUCGAAAUGAUGCAUCAAAAAAAGGAUUCGACAAAAGCUCCAAUAAUUGCCCAACGUAGAAUAAUUGUACAAAAUCCUGAUGGCACAACAAAAGUAAUUUUACAAAAUGUUGUACAAACUACACAGCAGCAAAGUCGAUCACCAGUGCCAGGUCAACGUCAGAAGCUUGGUAUCAUUCGUGGCCCAGAUGGGAAAAUUACAAGCGUUACAGGACUGCAGCCCGGCCAAAAAUUAAUAGAGUCCCCUAGCGGGCUACGCAUUGUAACAACAUCUACACCUAAUCGGCCAGAUCGGAAAAUUGUUGUCAAGUCGGAGCUCCCAAAAAUGGUUUCAAAGGUUUCUAGCACCCAAGAUAGUGAUAAUGGGAUGCAAAAAACGCCAAUUGACGUCCGGCAGCAAGUUACAGGAAAUCCAGCAAACGUUAUUGUGAAAUCAAUCACAAACAAAACGACAACAUCAAAUACUCCACCAACUCGAUCAGUUAUUCUUAAUAAUGGUCAAGUUCUCGUUGUUAAAAAUGAUGGCUCUAAUUCUAAUGUUCAGAAUCAAAACGAUACGUCAUCUGUUCAAAAAAUCAUCACUUCCAAACGACAAUUGCUUACAAAUAGUACACCAAAACUGGUUCGGACGUCAAAUUUACAACAGCUAUUGAACCAAGGCACACAAAAAUUUUUAAUAAACCAUGCCAAUUCACCAAAUAAAAUCAUCAUUUCAUCAGGAGCAAAUACUCAAGUAACGACACAGGAAUCGAAAUCUGUCACAACCCAACAAGCUCUCGUUCAGAAUUCCACAUCAUCACAGCUCCUUCAGUCACCGCAACCGUUAGUAGUCAGCCAAGCAGCACAGAAGCAUAUACAACAGCAAGAAUAUGUAAACCCAACGAAUCAACAACAACAAAUAAUUUUCCAUGGGCAGCGGUUCGUCCUUAAUCCUGGCCAAAGGAUUCAAGUUACUCAACAGCCUACACAAGUGGUACAACAAAUUGUACAGCAACCAGUUGUGCAGCAAAUAUCACAACCACAGAUUGUCCAAACAGUACAACAACAACCGACACAGCCUCAACAAAUCAUAAUUCAACGUCCACCUCAAACCAUAAGUCAAGUGCAGUUGGUUCAGUCUCCAUCUUCAGUGGCUAAUAAUCAGCAACAAAUUCUGGUGGGGAAUUCUUUAAGCCAAAUGUUGGCACAAGGAAAAGUUCAAGUAGCAACAGUUGCUGGUGGACAACAAGUAAUUAUUAGGCCAAUUGGAAAUAAUCAAUGGCAUAUCGUUGCUCAUUUAAAAGCACAGCCGGAUGGUACAAUGCAAAUCGUUCCAACGAACAACCAAAUUGUUCAACAGGUCUCUCAAUCCGAGCAAAUGGAAACACAACAAAAACUUCUGCAAACUAAGCAAAUUCAAACCGUACCACAACAACAAAAAUUAGUAAUCCAACCACAGUCUUCAAUAAAUCAACCAAAUCAGGCAGUCUUAUCACCGUCAAUUGAAAAAUCGUUACUACAGGGACAACCUCCAGGCACGAUUAUCAAGUGUGUUACAGCAGAAGUGACAAAAAAUCAAAAUGGUCCAUGUAUUAAACUAACUGGGAUACAAGGCAGUGAGUUAACUGAGCACCAAAUGAGUUUAGUUCAUCAACAAGUAAAACAACAAUUAGUGAAAAAAGGUAAACAAUUUUGAAUAGGUGUGUUGCGUUUAGUGGUUGUUUUUCGAUGAAUAGACGUAAAUUUGAUUUGGAAAGGAAAUUUGAUUUGGAAAGAAUACAGUUUUUGAAGCGUACUGCGCUAAAAGCCUAUAUAAACAAUAUAUAUUUAACGAUAUUUGAGUCGAUGUAAAUGAAGAUGUGGCAGCGCCACCUAUAUAGAUUCCUUAUUAGAAUAGGUGGAACUAUUGAGUGCGUGCACCAUAUCGCACGUGAAUUUUCAAUAUGGCCAUAGAAUUGAAACGUUAAACAAUUUCGUAGUCACGAAAUAUCACCGUACGUUUUGAACAGAGUUGUAAAAGUGCAAUUACAAA